UAAAAUCCAAAGUCUUUCAUUAUAAGAAUACAACAUAACCACUAUGUAAAAAACCGCAUAUCGGCUUAUAAAGUAAAUAAAAAUAUUGUAGGUACAAGUAUAAAUAAUUAAGAGGAUAUAAUAAAUUUUGGAGCCCGCAGCAGGGAGAGAAACAUUCAAGAGAAGCGGAUUUUAGAACGCACAUCCGGGACGACAAUAAUAAUUGUAAACACAACUUUCCGAAUAGCUGUUGAAUAAGUUUUUACCAAAAAACAUAACACUUUUUUUCAAAUUGGUUUUCUAAAUUAAAUUAAAACGUUUCACCAAAUUUUUACGUGAGUUUUUGUUUGUGAACGAACUACUAAAUAUAACGCAAGAUAUUAGUGUUAAACUUUCUUUUACGCGUUUAAUUACCUAGUAUAUAGUUUUAUCCAAUUAAACGGGACAUUGUUGACAUGGGGAAGAAAUCGUCAAAGGUUAAGAACAUGACAAAGACCAAGACAAAGCUACACAAACAAAAAAUAAAAUCCCAUAAAAAAAAUAAAAGUGUCUCCAAGCUUAAACGCAGGUCGAAAGGAUUGUCGGAGAGUCAAGAUAUACUUCAAAAACCAGAAGCGCCGCUUACUGAUUAUUUGACAUUCAAGUCGAAUUACUUUGCUAUUCGGUACAUUUUUGAGUGUGGCAUAAAGCUGGGUUUAAGACAUAUGACUAUAUGUUCAGCUGCGGUAUAUUUCCACAAAUUUUAUAAGCACGCUGAGAAAAGUGCUUACGACAAUUACUCUAUUGCUAGUUCGACGCUAUACUUGGCCAGUAAAGUACACGACGAGACGACCAAACUUCGGGAUUUGAUUAAUGUGUGUUAUCACACGUUACACAGGAACGCUCCUCCGUUGCCAUUGGCCGAAGACUAUUGGAAUUUUAGAGAUACGAUUGUACACGCUGAAAUGCUCAUUAUGCGUCUGCUGCAGUUUGACACUACAUUUGACCAUCCUCACAACUAUUUUUUGCAUUACGUCCAAACCUUACGGCCAAUUUUUUACUCCAAACACGGGAAGGACGUUAUUAUUUUCAAACGAGCCUACAACUUUUUACAUGAUUUUUAUCACAAUAGCAAUUUACUUCUAUACAAGCCACAGCAUAUUGCGAUUGCUUGUUUGGAGCUGGCGAUCAAAGUAUACGGCAUUCCAUCACCGAUUAUCGAUUACGAGAAGCAACCAUGGUAUCAAGCACUAGUCGACGAUUUGGACAAGGACAGGCUGUGGAUCGUCAUUGCUGCAAUUAUGGACACAUACGAUCUCGAAUCGAGCACUAACUGAAAGCAAAACUAUUAUUUUGUAUUUUAUGUUUGUAAUUUGUUUAAUAUAUUAUAUUAUAAUUAAUAAUUCUUAUAAGAAAAAAUAAAUAAUAAAGAUUAUAAAAAAAAAAUUUGACGAAUGUUUAUCCCACCCAUUUAUAAAAUUUCAAAUGUGUAAAAUCAAUAUACAUAGUUUAAAAUAAUAACCUAAUAAACUUAGUAUUUAAAAAAAAAACUA